AAGGAUCCGGAACGAGACGCUUUGUAUUAUUUUCCUCCUCCUUACUGUCUAAAAACCGGGACGGAGCAGCUGCCGGGUUAGUGCAGACGGAGCGAUCCGGUUUGACUCGCCUCCCCUUUCCCCUGUAACGCUUCUUUUCCAAACCGAAGGGAAUGCAAUUCCGAUCCUGUCCAUGUUUGCUCGGGAAAAAAAGCUACACCGGGUUGGGUAGUGUUUGCACGGGACAUGCUUAAAAUGGAAGGUUACGGGUCUUUGAAUGAGACAGAGGACAUGCUUACACAGGAAAGCCGCCUGCGUGAGAAAAAGCACAAGAUGUCAUCAGGAUGCACCAAAGAGAGAGUGUCCUUGCUCCAUAAGCAGGGAGAUGAUAUUGAAAGCCAGCUUGAAAACUCAGCAGGGAAGAGAUCUGAGAAAUCCAUGUCUUGCCCAGUGGUGCACAAAGAAUUCAGUGACUCAGAUGAGCAUCAGGUAAUCCACAAUAUUAAGGAGGACGGUGAGACUGAAUGUGUGAAAAGCUGCAAUCAGAACUCAGUCCUCAUUCCAUGCGAUGAAACAAACAUGGUUGAGAAACUCCACAAAUGUCUGGAAUGUGGGAAAAGCUUCCAUUACAGAUCCAACCUUGUUGCGCAUGAGAGGACCCACACGGGAGAGAAACCUUUUCAGUGUGCCCACUGUGGGAAACGGUUCCGUUUGAGUUCACAUCUCUACAGGCAUCAGAAGCUGCAUACAACCGAGCAGCCAUACACAUGUCCAGAUUGUGGGAAACUUUUCCGUCACAAAACCAGUUUUGACGCACAUCAAAGAACCCACACAGGAGAGAAGCCCUUUGUUUGUUUGGACUGUGGGAAGAGUUUCACCCAUCAGUCAGGCCUCAUUGUCCACAAAAGAACCCACACAGGAGAAAAACCAUACUGUUGCACAAAGUGUGGGAAAAACUUUGUUGAUAGGUCAACCUUAGUGGCACAUGAGAGAGCACACAGGGGAGAGAAGCCACAUAAGUGUGCUGAGUGUGGGAAGACUUUUAUUCACAGAUCCAGGCUCAUUGUCCACGAGGAGACCCACACAGGAGAGAAACCGUAUAAAUGUUCAGACUGUGGCAAAAGCUUCAGUUUAAGCUCCGCCCUCCUCACACAUCAGCAGAUACACAUUGGGGAGAAGCCCUACCAGUGCUCAGACUGUGGCAAAAGCUUUGUGCAGAGAGGAAACCUUGUGGCCCAUGAGAGAACCCACACAGGAGAGAGGCCGUAUGAAUGCCCGGACUGUGGGAAAUGUUUCAUUGUCAGCUCUAGCCUCCGAACACACCGAAGGACCCACACAGGUGAGAAGCCCUAUGAAUGCUCAGACUGUGGGAAGAGCUUUAGUCAGAGUUCCGUCCUUAUGAGGCACCAGAGGAUCCAUACGGGUGAGAAGCCACAUGAGUGCUCGGACUGUGGGAAACGCUUCUCUCAGCAGUCGAGCCUGAUUUCACACGCACGGACGCACACAAGAGAGACGCCAGAUUGACUGGGCAGCAGAAUUAAAGAGCCCCUGAGACUUGUACUUACUAAAAUGAGAUGUGUUGUCA